GGCCUCUAGGUCUUUGUUUCUGCCAUUGUCUGCGGCAGCUCGUGAAGGCGCGGCUUCAACCAUUCACCCAGACGAAGGGGCAACAACCCACGAGCACCAGCAGUGGAUCUGUACGUCCGUUAGUUGCAGCACUGCAUAGCGGCGCGGCGGAGCCCUCAAGACAACCACGUUUCACGGCCGGACACAUCUGUCGUGGCGCAAGAACCACGCAGCCAGCCGACCGUCACUGGAAGCCUGCUCGCAGAGUCGUGCAUUCUGUUCGAAGACUCCCAGGGCGAUUGCAGGUCCACGCCCUAGUCUCCUCGUGCAACGGGGCAACCGGCUUGGGGAGUGCGACCCUUCAUUGAAAGGGUACAAGCGCUGAGACAACUAGCUCCCAAAGCGGCUCGUGACAGUGCGCUGCACGCGCGCGUGUGCCUGCGUCCCCGAUGCCGCCUGAACAGCCCCAGCCGCCACCACAUCCUUUCCGACCUCCACCACCGCCUUCGCGCCUGCUCUCCGUCCAAUCCGUCGCCACGAAGCGAUCGCUGCUGUCGCACUCGUCCUUCGAAGCCGACGAUGAGCGCUCAACCACUACGGACUCUGACAGAAUGAGUCCUCGCGACAGUUUAGAGGGUGACGGGCACGGCCCGCCACAUCCGGGCCACAGCUAUCCAGGCGAAGACACCCGCCCAACCAGCAAGAAGGAGCUCGCCGGCUGGUACAUGUACGCCUUCGCUGCCGAGACCUAUGUCAUUUGUGCUAUUUCAUCCUUUAUUCCGAUCCUCCUCGAGAGCUUGGCACGCGAAAACGGCGUCCUCUUGUCCGAUCGGACAACACCAUGUGGCGAUAGCUCAAAGCCAGGGAUCGGCCCUUCAGACCAGGGUCAAUGUAUAGUGUCGUUGUUGGGCGUGGAUAUCAACACUGCCAGUUUCGCCAUGUACACAUUCAGUAUCAGCGUGCUGCUGCAGGCCGUCGUCGUCGUCACCAUCAGUUGUGCUGCAGACCACGGCAACUACCGAAAGCGGCUUCUACUCUUGUUUGCCUGGAUCGGAAGUGCCUGCGUCAUGGCCUAUAUCUUUGUCACGAAGGAGGUCUAUCUGCUUGGCGCACUCCUGGCCAUCAUCUCCAACACAGCCUUCGGGGCGUCCUUUGUCCUUCUGAAUUCCUUCCUGCCGCUCCUUGUUCGUCACCACCCUCAAGUGCGAGCAUCAGCAGUCAAAAUCAGCGCAGCAAAUGUGCCCGGGCUGCAGAUCACGGCACACUCUCCCCGGCAGUCAUUCUCGCAGCCAGAAUCUGGCCUGGUGAACUCGACCUCGAACCUAUUACCGCAAGACGCGUCCGAGAUGUACGAGCUCCAGCGUGCACCAACGCACGAGGAGCUUACUUCGAUUGAGCUUCAGCUGUCUACCAGAAUUUCAGCGCAGGGCAUCGGUAUCGGAUACGGUGCAGCGCUCUUUGUUCAGUGUGUGUCGAUCGUGAUGCUGGUUGCUUUGGGCAGUUCGACUUGGUCGCAGCGUGUGGUCCUCUUCUUCAUAGGCUCAUGGUGGGCAGCGUUCACGGCGCCCGCAGCUUUAUGGCUGCGUCCUCGUCCAGGUCCUCCACUCGCGGAUACUGGUAAGAAGGGGGCGAGGGCUGCGCUGACCUACGCAGUCUACUCUUGGAAGAACCUGUUUCGAACCAUCAAGCUCGCUGGGCGGCUCAAGGAUAUUCUGCUGUUCCUGGCUGCCUGGUUCUUGCUCUCAGAUGCGGUCGCAACGACAUCCGGAACAGCGGUACUUUUUGCCAAGACGCACUUGAAGAUGACGCCAGGGGCAUUAGGCCUGAUCAACGUCAUCUCAACCUCGACUGGAGUUGUCGGCGCUUUCAGCUGGUCGUUCAUCGCGAGACAUUUCAAGCUGAGACCGCAUCAGGUCCUCUUGAGCAUUAUCGCAGUCUUCGAGCUGAUACCUCUCUAUGGCCUCUUGGGUUAUUUGCCAUUUGUCCAGCGGUGGCAAGUCAUUGGCUUGCAGCAGCCCUGGGAGAUGUAUCCACUGGCCGCUGUCUAUGGUUUCGUCCUCGGCGGGCUCGGUGCCUACUGCCGCUCGCUGUACGGUGAGCUUAUCCCGCCCGGUUCCGAGGCUGCAUUUUAUGCUCUCUAUGCCAUCACAGACAAAGGCUCGAGCGUCUUUGGACCUACCAUUGUUGGCGCCAUCAUCGAUGCGUCAGGGGAGAUCCGUCCAGCGUUCUGGUUCCUCCUUGCUUUGGUGGGCCUGCCCGCACCAUUCAUCUACUUCGUCGACGUGGAGCGCGGCAAGAAAGAUGGAGAGAAGCUCUCAGAGGUCAUCGAGGCAUAUAAGCAACGUGGGGAAGAUGGCGUCAGCACACCGCACUACGAGGAUGGCGAGCGACAAGGCAUGCUUGCCGACUAUGAUGGCACGGUCGCAGAGGAUCACAGUCAAAGGUGAAGACAGUCGUGGUCGAUAUUUGCCACUGGUAGCGACACCAUGAUCAUCGAGAACUGGUGUAGAGCAUUGCGCUGGGACCGUUUGUUGCACCGCAUAUGCAGAUGCUGAAUGCGUGCCAACUCACCAGGUGUCCUGCAGCAGCGCCUGAUGGCAUGUUGAUAAUAAGAAUUUGUUUGCUGCUCAUGACCGUGCUGGUGAUCUGUGCCACAAGCCCUGUACUCCCAACUGUUGUCCGCAUCAGGCAUGGAGGAGCCCCGACUAUCAAGCAGGUUCCAACAAACAGAAGCAAGCACGUUUAUUGCCCUGGAGCUGGUUU